AUGAAUAUCUACUUCAUUAUCUUUACAUGUGUUAUUCCGACGUUAUGCGUAGCACGCACUUUUCGUAUAAAUAAUCAGUGCAAUCAAAAUAUAUGGCUCGGUAUACAAGGUCAACCUUUGAUUUACUCUGGUGGAGUUGAAGUGGGUGCUCGUUCAACAAAAGAUAUAAAUGUACCAGACAAAUGGGUAAGUGGACGCAUUUGGCCACGAACGAAUUGUCGAUACGUCAAUGGCAAAUUUACAUGCACUACAGGUGAUUGCGGUGCACCAGUGAACGGAUAUGGUACGACAUGCAACGGAAUAGGUGGUCAACCACCAGCAACACUUGCCGAGUUCACUCUAGAUGGAUGGGGUGGUUCAGAUUUCUAUGAUCUAUCGAAUGUCGAUGGUAACUCAAUGAGCAUGAUCAUUCGACCUAUUCCUGGCCAGUACACUUCUGUCAAUAAUCCAUCAUUGGGAAAAUACAAUUGUGGCUCUGCAACGUGUAUAUUUGAUCCGAGUAAAUGCCCUCCAGAGUUGCAAAUGGACGAUGGAACGGGUCGUAAAGUAUGUGCCAGUAUCUGUGCUGCUAUUUACAAUGCUCAACAACGAGCAAAAUUUGUUCAUCUUCAAAAUAUUUACAAUAAUCCAGAUACUCGUUCGCUGGUGUCACCGUAUGACAAUUCAACACCUGGUGGUAAAUGUUACGUGGAACAGUGGCCACGAUCAACACAAAAUACACGUUAUGAUGAAGUUUUUAAAUCUCAAUGUCCGGAUGCCUAUUCGUGGGCAUUCGACGAUUUUAAAAGCACGUAUCAAUGUUCAAAAGCAAAUUAUGAAAUUGUUCUUUGUCCUGGUAGUAGCUCAGAUGGAUCAGGAGGAAGUGGCUCGACCAUCCAGUGGAACGGAAAUAAUUGGGCCAUGUCGUGUGAUUUCCGUGGAAAUGAUUUAUAUAGUGUCCAAAUUUCAGCAGACCUUUGUGGUGGAAAGUGUGCUCAAGUUCAAGGAUGCACUCAUUUUGUAUGGACUCGAUACAAUGGGGGUACUUGUUGGCUAAAAUCGGGUGCAGUUUCCAAAAGUGAUGCUAUUUCAACCAGUGAUUCAGCUAUGGUCUGUGGUGUAGUGUCUAACGGCCAACAAGGAGGAAGUGGUUCGACUAUUCAGUGGAAUGGAAAUAAUUGGGCCAUGUCGUGUGAUUUCCGUGGAAAUGAUUUGCAUAGUGUCCAAACUUCAGCAGACCUUUGUGGUGGAAAGUGUGCUCAAGUUCAAGGAUGCACUCAUUUUGCAUGGACUCGAUACAAUGGGGGUACUUGUUGGCUGAAAUCGGGUGCAGUUUCUAAAAGUGAUGCUAUUUCAAGCAGUGAUUCAACUAUGAUUUGUGGUGUGGUUUAA